UAAGACAGUCAUAAUGAGAAAGUGCCCUUGCGUAUACGUAGUUCUGCUCUGUUCCGCAGUCCUGAAAACUUUCGUAGACUGCGUCGAUGAUAUUGAGGAAAAAGAGCGAUACAGCUCAUCUACUGUAGGACUUUUAAAACUACUUAAAGUGGAACAAGAAUUCAUAGAUAGCCUCAUUAGCAAAGCAGAUCAACUAGGAGAUAAAUUCGUAUCGCUUCGCCUGUACUUGUCUUCAGUGGGUUAUGAAUUGAAUCGAAGCUACAAUGAAAGAGUGGUAUACGUUUCGAAUCCAAUAAAUGCCUUUUCACUUUUAAGGCGAAUCCAUAAAGAUUUGCCUAAAUGGCACGCCUUCUUUAAAGAGGACAUUGGAAAGGGAGAUCUGAGUACUCUGGAUGACGUUGUGAAAAAAGUGCCUAGCGACGUGGACAUGUUGUCAGCAGUGCGUGGAAUUCAACGUAUAGAAAGGGUAUAUGACUUAAAGCUCGACGAUUUGGCACAAGGAGUGUUGCAAGGAGUUCAGUACAACACAAAACUUACAUAUCGCGACCUCAUAGCCAUGGGAGAUUCGAUGUACCAGCAACGCGACAUUCAAGCAGCAGCCAAAUGGUAUCGAAUUGCUUGCAAGCGCGAAUUGGAAAAUUCCGAAGAAUUGUUAGUUGGGAUUUUGGGAGACCCAUCUGAGCCACUUCAUCGCCAGUACGUUAAGUCUCUCUUCAUAUAUGCCUCUAUUUUAUCUGAGCCCUCGAAGCCUAUUGAAGAAGUCCUUAUUAUGGGGGAAAACUUACUAGCACACGCCAGUCUAGAGGAACUAGAUAGUAUAAUGUCCGAUCUGAAUGACCCCCGGAUCGAUGCUGAAGUAGAGAAAGUGCUGUAUCGGGCUAAAAGAAGUCCUUCCAACUUUGAAAUUGGCUGUCGAGGACUGUAUCGCCGAAAGACUAACCUUGAGUGUCGCUACAAGAGCACCGCGAACGCGUUUCUGCGAUUGGCCCCUCUAAAAUUCGAAGAAAUAAGUUUGGAUCCAUUUAUGGCAAUGUAUCAUGGAGUUCUGUAUGAUUCGGAGAUUCGUGCACUUAAAGGGCAAUCGUGGAAUAUGGUUAAUGGCUAUGCAAGCGAAAGAAAUGGCACAGAAAUCAGAGAUACAGUAGCGCGAUAUGACUGGUGGACAGCUGCAUCUUUGACACGAGAGCGCAUCAAUCAGCGCAUUGUUGAUAUGACAGGAUUCAACUUCCCAAGCGACGAAAAGCUACAGGUCACGAACUAUGGACUGGGCUCCUAUUUCCAACCGCACUUCGACUACUCCUCCGAUGGCUUUGAAACUCCAGAUGUUACCACGUUGGGGGAUCGCUUGGCCAGCGUUAUAUUUUAUGCUGGUGAAGUUCGGCAAGGAGGUGCCACUGUCUUUCCGGAAAUAAAUGUUACGGUGUUCCCACAAAAAGGCAGCAUGCUUUACUGGUUUAAUUUGCAUGAUGACGGAAGACCUGAUAUUAGAAGCCAACACUUGGUGUGUCCUGUUGUCAAUGGAGACAGAUGGAGUAGGUUGGGUGGCUCAUAUAUUACGAUUUUACUACAUAUAGGAUGUUUGCUUUUUCAGCUCUCACAAUGUGGAUUCCAAUGUUUCCUCAAAUGUUUGGUUACCCAUGCAAAUCGUAGUUAAUAAACUUUGGACAACGAUAUAGGUGACUAUAUUACUAAA